GAAGAUGAAUAAAGGCUGGCUGGAGCUGGAGAGCGACCCCGGCCUCUUCACCCUGCUGGUGGAAGAUUUUGGUGUCAAAGGGGUGCAGGUCGAGGAAAUCUAUGACCUUCAGAGCAAAUGCCAGGGCCCUGUGUAUGGGUUCAUCUUCCUGUUCAAAUGGAUCGAGGAGCGCCGGUCCCGCCGCAAGGUCUCGACUUUGGUGGAUGACACGUCAGUGAUCGAUGAUGACAUUGUGAAUAACAUGUUCUUUGCGCACCAGCUGAUCCCCAACUCGUGUGCUACCCAUGCCCUGCUGAGUGUGCUCCUGAACUGCAGCAGCGUGGACCUGGGCCCCACUCUGAGUCGGAUGAAGGACUUCACCAAAGGCUUCAGCCCCGAGAGCAAAGGAUAUGCAAUUGGCAAUGCCCCAGAGCUGGCCAAGGCACAUAACAGCCAUGCCAGGCCAGAGCCUCGCCACCUUCCGGAGAAGCAGAACGGCCUCAGCGCCGUGCGCACCAUGGAGGCGUUUCACUUUGUCAGCUACGUGCCCGUCACAGGCCGGCUCUUUGAGCUGGAUGGACUGAAGGUCUACCCCAUUGACCAUGGGCCCUGGGGAGAGGAUGAGGAGUGGACAGACAAGGCCCGGCGGGUCAUCAUGGAGCGGAUUGGCCUGGCCACUGCAGGGGAACCCUACCAUGACAUCCGCUUCAACCUGAUGGCGGUGGUGCCCGACCGCAGGGUCAAGUACGAGGCCCGCCUGCAUGUGCUGAAGGUGAACCGCCAGACGGUGCUGGAGGCCCUGCAGCAGCUGAUCAGGGUAACACAGCCGGAGCUGAUUCAGACCCACAAGUCUCAAGAGACUCCGCUGCCUGAGGACCCCAAGCCGGCCAGUGGCAAGUCCCCCCCGGCGCUGGAGGCCAGCAGGACCCCGGUGGCCCCCGAGGGGACCCACCCAGACGGUGCUGGUGAGGUGGCUGCUCCGGGCGCCCCAGCCCCGACCCACAGCCCGCCCAGCAAACCCAAGCUGGUGGUGAAGCCCCCAGGGAGCAGCGUCAACGGGGGUCCCCCCAACCCCGCCCCCAUUGUACAGCGUCUGCCAGCCUUUCUGGACAAUCACAACUACGCCAAGUCCCCCAUGCAGGAAGAGGAAGACCUGGCCGCAGGCGUGGGCCGCAGCCGAGUCCCCGUGCGCCCACCACAGCAGGACUCGGACGACGAGGAUGAAGACGAGGAGGAGGAGGAGGACGACGACACACAGAACAGCAACCCCGCCAUCCGGUACAAGCGGAAGGGGCCCGGGAAGCCAGGGCCCCCAAGCAGUGCCGCCGACGGGCAGCUGUCAGUGCUGCAGCCCAACACCCUGGAGGUCCUGACGGAGAAGCUCCGGGAGUCCCAGAAAGACCUCUCGCUGCCUCUGUCCGUCAGGACGAGCAGCGGGGCUGGGAGCCCAGCGGUGGCCGUGCCCGCCCACUCGCAGCCCUCACCCACACCCAGCAACGAGAGCACCGACACAGCCUCGGAGAUCGGCAGCGCCUUCAACUCGCCGCUGCGCUCGCCCAUCCGCUCAGCCAACCCCACUCGGCCCUCCAGCCCCGUCACCUCCCACAUCUCCAAGGUGCUCUUCGGCGAAGACGACAGCCUGCUGCGGGUCGACUGUCUGCGCUACAACCGCGCCGUGCGCGACCUGGGGCCCGCUGUCAGCACGGGCCUGCUGCACCUGGCUGACGACGGGGUGCUCAGCCCCCUGGCACUCACAGAUGGUGGCAAGGGCUCCUCGCCCUCCCUCAGAGCGGGCCACAGCCACCAGGGGUCCAGCAGCCCAGAGAAGGAGGCAGCGGCGGACGCAGCAGACGGCCGGGAGAAGAUAGGGCUGGGGAGGCCCGGGGAGGCCAUCAGCGGGGAGAAGUACUCGCCCAAGGAGCUGCUGGCCCUGCUGAAGUGUGUGGAGGCUGAGAUCGCAAACUAUGAGGCCUGCCUCAAGGAGGAAGUGGAGAAGAGGAAGAAGUUCAAGAUCGAUGACCAGAGACGGACCCACAACUAUGACGAGUUCAUCUGCACCUUCAUCUCCAUGCUGGCUCAGGAAGGCAUGCUGGCCAACCUGGUGGAGCAGAACAUCUCAGUGCGGCGGCGCCAGGGCGUCAGCAUCGGCCGGCUCCACAAGCAGCGGAAGCCUGACCGGCGGAAACGCUCACGGCCCUACAAGGCCAAGCGCCAGUGAGGAGCUCUGCCCUGCGCACGGCCCUCCCCAGCCCCUCCCAGUAUUACUGCAGAGCCCCAG